AUGGUGACAACGAGGUCGAGUAGCAAGAAGAGGGACGAGAGCGAGUCAUGUUCUGAAGCAAAACCGCACCGCGAGAGAAUUGUCGAGGUCAAGCACACCGCUGGAGCAGAACGUGAUCAUCACGAGGGACAAGCUCUACGUCAAUCCACCGACAUCUUGCAAGCCAUGCACGCUCUGCUGAGUCCGCGAGCGAAGGAUUCGACCGUAUGCCCCUCUGAGAUCGCUAGAAAGCUACAUAAUGACGAUGUCUCCCGAUACCCUGACUGGCGGGUCCUGAUGGAUUCUGUCCGAGACGAAGUUUGGAAAGCCGUGGAAAUCGACCAGGUCCAAGUGACUCAAGGAGGAAAGGUGCGAGACUUGGAGGAUAAGGACAACCUCAAGGGACCUAUCAGAGUACGAAAGGGUCCAGAAUGGCAGGAUUAA